AUGGCUACCGAUAAAGGUCUCGAGGAGAUUCCUGAGACACAAAUCGAGUCCAACUAUGACGAGGUCACCGACUCAUUCGACUCCAUGAGCCUGAAGUCUGAGCUUCUUCGAGGCGUAUAUGCUUAUGGUUUCGAACGUCCCUCUGCUAUCCAGCAGCGAGCUAUCAUGCCAGUCAUUAAGGGAUCCGAUGUCAUCGCUCAGGCGCAAUCUGGAACAGGCAAAACCGCAACAUUCUCCAUCUCGGUCCUCCAGAAGCUCGAUCCGAAUAUCAAAGCAUGUCAAGCGCUUAUACUAGCUCCAACGCGCGAAUUGGCCCAGCAAAUACAGAAAGUGGUCGUGGCCAUCGGCGAUUUCAUGUCUGUCGAUUGCCACGCUUGCAUCGGAGGCACCAGUGUGAGGGAGGAUAUGACUGCUAUACAAAAUGGUCCACAGGUCAUAGUCGGUACACCAGGUCGUGUGCAAGAUAUGAUUCAACGUCGUGUACUCAAAACGGACUCCAUGAAAAUGUUUGUGCUAGACGAAGCCGAUGAGAUGCUUUCUCGUGGUUUUACCGAGCAAAUCUACGACAUUUUCCAGCUCCUACCUCAAUCAACCCAGGUCGUUCUUCUCUCGGCCACUAUGCCACAGGAUGUCUUGGAAGUAACAACCAAAUUUAUGCGCGACCCUGUCCGCAUUCUUGUCAAGAAGGACGAACUCACCUUAGAGGGUAUCAAGCAAUUCUAUAUUGCUGUCGAAAAGGAAGACUGGAAACUCGACACAUUAUCGGAUCUAUACGAGACCGUCACCAUUACCCAAGCUGUAAUCUUCUGUAACACGCGGAGAAAGGUCGACUGGUUGACCGAUAAGCUGACUGCUCGCGACUUCACGGUCUCUGCUAUGCACGGUGAUAUGGAUCAAGGCCAACGCGAUCUCAUUAUGAAGGAAUUCCGGUCGGGCUCCUCACGAGUACUCAUUGCUACCGAUCUUCUUGCCCGAGGCAUCGACGUCCAGCAGGUCUCCUUGGUUAUCAACUACGAUCUCCCAGCAAAUCGCGAGAAUUAUAUCCAUCGAAUCGGCCGUGGUGGCCGUUUUGGUCGAAAAGGCGUUGCGAUCAACUUCGUUACGCAAGAUGAUGUACGCAUGAUGCGUGAGAUUGAACAGUUUUACAGUACCCAGAUUGAGGAAAUGCCGAUGAAUGUAGCUGGUGAGCGCUCAUUUGAAUUCUUGACUUGA